AUGUCGGCGCCUCGGCAACUGGACGGAGCUCUCUCCGUCUCAGUGCUUCAAGGAGCCUGUGAAGCGGAUCGGCGCUCCUCCAUGGCUUCCGCAUCCCGCUCUUACAGACCUGAGGAGGUGACCGGCACCCAGCUACGGCAAGUCAGGGGUGCAGGUGGAGGCAGAGGCGGGGCGGCAGGUGGAGGCGGGGCGGCGUCAGGUGGAGGGACGGGGGGCACCGGCCACAGCCGGCGUGACAGCAGCUCCGGCGAGGGCAGCGGCGGCGGCGGCAGCCCCGGCUCUGGUGGUGGGGACAGCAGCGGCGGCGGCGGCGCCGAUGCCAACGAGUCCGGCGACUCCAGUGAGAACCCCCAGAGCGGCGAGGCCAAGCGUUCGUCGCGGAGCCGCCGCUCCCGCACUCGGCCCCGCUCCCACACUCGGCCCGGGUCCCUCCCGCGGCCCCGAUCUCGGUCCCGCUCCCGAUCUCGGUCCAGCUCCAGCCCCAAUGCCCCCUCCUGCUCCUCCUCCCGCUCCCGCUCCAGCUCCAGGGAGCGCGAUGACUACCACGACGGCGGCGGACCCCCCGCGGCAGCCAUCGCCGCGACGGCCUGCUUGACCAGCGAGCUGCCUCUCAGCUCUGGGUCGGCACCGAGCCAGAGCUCGACGCCGAGCCCGGUCCCGAGCCCUAGCCCGAGCCCGGUGCCCACCCAGAGCCAGCACCUGAGUCCGAGACUCAGUCCCAGUCUGAGGCCGGCUCCGAUCGCCGGCCUCAGCCUCAGCCUUAAUUCCUGCCUGGUGCCUGCGCCCAGCUUCGGCCGCAUGCCUAACUUGGAGCAGGGAUCUGGCCUCAGCAUCCUCCCGGGUCCGAGCCUGAGCUUUCUGAAGCCCAGGGGGUGGCUCUCUGUCCUGCAUGGCCAGUCCUUCUCAUUCCCAUUAUCUACCGCCUCUGGCCGCUUUUACCGCCGCGAUCCCCGGCAUUACCAGCCCCGGCAUUACCAGCCCUGGUCCAGCUACCUCGAAAAAGCGAAGGAGAGUCUUCGGCAAAAGAGAUUAAGUGAGAGAGAGAGAAUUGGAGAACUAGGGGCUCCUGAAGUUUGGGGACUUUCUCCAAAAAAUCCUGAACCAGAUUCAGAUGAGCAUACUCCCGAGGAGGAAGAGACAAAAUCUGAUAAAAAUGCUGCUUCUGAUUUAAAAGAGGAAAGGAAGAAGAGAAAGAAGAAGUCUAGUCAUUCCAAGGAUAGAGCUAAGAAAACGAGGAAGAAGAAGAAGAAGAAGAAGAAGAAGUCAUCCAAAAGAAAACAUAGAAAAUAUUUUGAGGACAGUGAUGAGGACUUGGAGGACAGUGAUGACUCUAAUGAUUCAAAGGAGAAAAGGAAAUUAAAGAAAGGC